CAGCUCAUAUCCAUUUUUGGUGGCCACGUCCUUCAUAUAAAGCUGAGCUGAUCAUUCAUCUGCCUCACUCUCUAGUUAUGAGCUGUGGUGAUGAUGUGGUUCCUCCUUUUCCUCUGCAUAGCUCAUAUUGAGCCGGUGAUCUUACAAGAUGAAAACAGACUGAUUCUAAGGGAUGGGAGCAGACCGUGUGAAGGCCAUGUUGAAAUCUAUCAUGAGAAGAAAUGGGGCUACGUUGGAGAUAAAGGCUGGAACAGGGCUACUGAAGAAGUGGUGUGCAAAAGCAUAAACUGUGGGGAACCUAUGGAGGACUUAACAGUGGAUGUGGCGCGGCCCUUUGGUAGCACAGUCUGGCUCAAUGAAUUAAAGUGCAAUGAAAACGAUAAAAAUCUGUGGGACUGUGAUUUUCCUGGCUGGGCUAUCAGCUUUUACCCUGAAUUGACAGUGAAAAAGAUACAUGUACAAAUAACAUUAGCAUAAGCCUGGAUGGAUAUGACUGUGCAGGAGCUGUCCAGUUUUCCAUAAAUGG